AAUUGAAAGCACUGAGUGAUAUACAUAACUCUCUCUCUCUCUCUCUCUCUCUCUCUCUCUCUCUCGUUGUCACUUAUCACACACUGCAACCCAUUCACAUCUUUGUCUUCCACCUCUCUCUCUCUCUCUCAGUAAAAAUGGAAAAACCAGUGUUUGCUCCAUGGCGGUCCGACCCAGUUUCCCGACCACCGGAGACACCGUUAGAGCCGAUGGAGUUUCUAUCUCGCUCUUGGAGCGUCUCAGCUCACGAAGUCUCUAAAGCCCUCACUCCUUCUCAGCAACUCCUCUCAAAAGCCUCAAUCGAAACCACCACAGUCAUUCUCGAAGAGGAACAACAACAAAAACCCAUCACCGCCGGCGAGAACGAGACGGAGGAGAAUGGCUUCGUCUCCGGCAACCCUUUCUCCUUUGCUUGCUCUGAAACUUCUCAGAUGGUCAUGGAUCGUAUCUUGUCUCAGUCUCAGGAAGUGUCGCCACGAACAUCUGGUCGGCUUUCUCACAGCAGCGGUCCUCUCAAUGGUUCUUUAACCGACAGUCCUCCGAUUUCGCCUCAUGAAGUCGAUGACAUUAAGCAAUUUUGCCGAUCAAACAACAUUACAAACAACUACAACACUCAGUUCCGUUCAACGGGGACAACUCCAGGACCUAUCACUGCAACAACUACACAGUCUAAGACUGUGGGACGGUGGAUAAAAGACCGGAGGGAGAGAAAGAAGGAGGAGACGAGGGCUCACAACGCUCAGAUACACGCAGCUGUAUCCGUUGCUGGUGUGGCUGCAGCGGUGGCUGCGAUCGCUGCUGCAACUGCUGCUUCUUCCAGCUCAGGGAAAGAUGAGAAUAUGGCUAAAACGGAUAUGGCUGUGGCUUCUGCUGCAACACUUGUUGCUGCUCAAUGUGUUGAGGCUGCUGAAGUUAUGGGAGCUGAGAGGGAUCAUUUGGCUUCAGUUGUUAGCUCUGCUGUUAAUGUUCGAUCGGCUGGAGAUAUCAUGACUUUAACUGCUGGAGCUGCCACAGCUUUGAGAGGAGUGGCUACGUUGAAGGCGAGGGCGAUGAAGGAGGUGUGGAACAUUGCAUCAGUUAUUCCAAUGGAGAAAGGAAUCAAUCCUGGAGGUUGUAGCAAUGUUAAUGGUAAUGGUAACGGCAGCAUUGGCAGCUCGAACAGCAGUCACAGUGGAGAAUUUGUAGUUGAGGAUAAUUUCUUGGGACAUUGCAACAGAGAAUGGCUCGCUCGAGGUUGCCAACUUCUUAAACGCACCCGCAAAGGUGAUCUUCAUUGGAAAAUAGUCUCAGUUUACAUAAACAGGCUAAAUCAAGUUAUAUUGAAGAUGAAGAGCAAGCAUGUUGGAGGGACAUUCACCAAGAAGAAUAAAAAUGUUGUGAUUGAUGUGAUAAAAAACAUUCCGGCUUGGCCAGGCCGCCAUUUGCUAGAAGGAGGAGAGGAUUUGAGAUACUUUGGGUUAAAGACAGUUCCGAGAGGGAUUGUAGAAUUUGAGUGCAAGAGCCAGAGAGAGUAUGAAAUGUGGACACAAGGUGUCUCAAGGCUUCUUGCUGUUGCUGCCGAGAGGAAUAACAGAUAUAGGAUAUGAAGGGAGGAGUAGUAGUUUUAAGAGUUAAGGGGCCAAAUUAGAGAACUUGGAGAAAGUUAAGGGUGCUUUUCAGAGUAAUGUCUUUUGGUAAAGGUAUAUAUUAUAUAGGAUGAAAUGGACCCUCUAAGGGUGGCUGGUUUAGCCCUGAGACCUAAUAUCCGGUAUCCGGGAUCCGAUCCGGUAUCCGGUGGUAUCCGCUCCGGAAAACCGGAUAUCCGGUAGGACCGGAUCCGGAUCCGGAUACCAAAAUAUGAAAUCCGCUAAAACCGGAUCCGAAUCCGGAUAUCACAAAAAAACAAACCCGGAUAUCCGUAUCCGUUUUAUAUUUAUUUAUUUUGUUUAUUUUAAGUUUUAUACUGUAACACAUAUCUAUCAUCGAACUUUUAAUAAUUAAAUAAUUAGAAAAUGCUGAACGAGAGAGACUU